AUGGGAUCCAUGACUUCCUGGCUCUCCUGCAUCAUGGCUUCCUCAAAGCUCCAAGACACCGAGGAGGUUUUUGACUUGGACUCAGUGAUCCCAGAGACGGUCAGACUGGACAGCAGCCUCCAUAAGGCCCGGGCCCAGCUGCUGGCCAAGGGCAGGCGCCACCGGCCAUCUCGCUCUCGGCUACGGGACAGUGCAAGCUCAGCUGAAGAGGGCGAUGGCCCAGAAGGGCCCGGGGUCAAGGUGACAGAUGGCUGCGGGAGCCCCCUCCACAGGCUGCGUUCCCCGCUUCACUCGGGCCCGGGUUCUCCCCCCGGCGGACCUUUCACCUUGGAGCCCCCGGGGCUUCGGCGGAGCCUGGACGAAGACGAGCCACCGCCUUCACCCCGCACCCGCUACCGGCCCCUCCACAAUGCGGCCUCCCACGAGGCUCUCGCAGCGGCCUCCUCAUCGCCCCCACGCUCGGCGCCCAGCUCCGACAGCUCACCCAGCUUUGUGCGACGACAUCAUCGGGCUGAGCCUCACAGCGAAGAUGACAGCCGAGAUGCCAGCCCUUCUGAACCUGCCAGUCCCACUACUGGUCUGGACAAGAAGACUCGUCGAAAAUUUUUGGAUUUGGGGGUUACCCUGCGAAGGGCAUCAACAGGCAAGAGCAGGAAGGAGAAAGGGAGCAACCGACUGUCCAUGGGCAGCAGGGAGUCAGUGGAAGGCUCUGGCCGAACAGGUGGCUCUCCAUUCCUGCCCUUCUCCUGGUUCACAGAUAGCAGCAAAGGUUCUGCUUCCUCUGGGAGCACUGCCUCUCCAGCCUGCUCUCCCAAGCAUGAAGGCUUCAGUCCCAAGAAGUCAGCUUCUCAGGAAUCCACCCUGAGUGAUGAUGACUCCACACCCCCCAGCAGCAGCCCGAAGAUACUGAGCAGUUCCCGACCAGACCCCAAGUGCUCCUACCCUUACCACACACUAUCUCAGUCUUCUGAUGAGUUCCUGGACGAGCCACUUCCAACUGCCAACCACUGGACUAGUCAACAAGUGGGCCAGUGGCUAGAAAGUCUCAACUUGGACCAGUACACUGCUGAGUUUGCAGCUAGACAAGUGGAUGGACAGCAGCUGCUGCAGCUGGAUGGGGGGAAAUUGAAGAGCCUGGGGCUCAGCAACUCCCAUGACCGGGCACUGGUGAAGCGGAAGCUGAAGGAAUUGGUGGCAGCAGCUGAGAAGGAAAGAAAGGCUCAGGAGAAGGCCGAACGGCAGCGAGAAAAACAGAAGCGCAAAGAGGCUGAGGCUCGAAAAAGCUAGAGGCUCCUAUGCUAGGAGCACAGAUCAUGCAUGACUCCCUGCCUGCUGGGGCAGGGGGCCCCUCAAACUCUACCUCCCCCAGCCCAUGGGAGGGAGGAGUAAUCACAAGACCUCUGGAAGAAAGAGAGCAUGAAGAAGUGAAAGCUUAGAUGAGCCUCAAAGUCCCACAUCCUUAGGGGCACACAUUCCCAUUCAUGCCCACUCCAGUACCCCUGACCAAACCCCAAGAGGGGACUCUGCUGACUAAAGGGGGUCCACUGGGGAGGGAGCAGAAUAAAUCUUAUUAUUUCAAAGACCUGCUUGGUAUUGAGUUGAGGAGAGGAACAUCUCCCAAGCCCCCCACCCCCACCCCGGCUCUAAGGAUGGUAGAAUAACCCAACUGCAAAGGACUAGGGGUUAAAUUAAUGGUCCAUAUUAAAAGCAUGUUGGUUGGCUAGGGUGGUGACAGGACUAGGUUAUUACCUGUUUCUGUUUUAGGGUUACUUAUGAGGGUCGGGGGCAGAAACUUAAAGGAAUACUUGCUAAGGAUGGCCUUUGAAUGAUCGGGAUCCACAAAGCAAUUGUACUCUCCCAGAAUGGGAAGACAAAAACAACAGUAAGAAAAAUCAAGGGUAGACACCAAGCCAAAAUAAUAGAAAACUUGGAGAAUCUUCUUUAAGAGACCUGAAAGAGUUAAAGAGAUGGAGAGGGGAAGAGAUAUAGUCUCUCUCAUUUUCUGAUGCCCGAGCUAAGAAGAGUGACUACCCCAAUCUUUGGCUCCCAGCCAAGACUCUGGUCCAUGUUAGGUCUCAAAACUAACCUCUUGGAUUUUAUUUCCUUUUUCCUAGGGAUGGGGAUGGUGGGGAAAGGAAGCCUGAGUAUACUCUUGAGGGCAGGGUGGCAUUAGGUGUUUCCUUCUUUCUGUCAAACUCUGUUAAGCCAAGAGACAACUCUAAGUAGAAAAGGGCUGGUCAGAAUUUAGAGGGCAAUGAUAGAACUUUUUCCUUCAACAGAUAGAAGCAAUUGAGUUUGGCAUCUAAUUAACAAAAAUAAGUUGUUACAACAGGAAGUUAUCAGAUGUGAGUUUCUUCCCACACUCCCUCCUCCAAUUCCAGGUGAGCCCCUUCCCAGUCCAGCCCCAAAUUUCACCCUCCCACAGAUCUGUCUUUCUUGACCCCAUGAAAGUGUCUUGGGAUUUGUCCACCCACAAGGACUUGUAUCCUAAGAUCCAAAGCUCUCCAUGAGGCAUCCCCUAUCAAUUAUCUUUAAACGUUGGUUUCAUAGCUCAUUUCUUGCUGGUAAAGCUGCUGUGAAGAAGACAGCCCCACUUUAGGGCCUAUGUUGUGUGUGUGUCAGGGAAAGGGGUAUUAUUAGAUCAUCCCUCAUAAUCUAUAGGGUCUCCCUUCUGAGAAGAGUGCUUCAGAGAACUUUAGAAUUGGAAAUGAUGGGCAUAGUCAGAGAAGAGUCAGCAGAGGGCACCAAAGUGCCCUAAGGGAUGGGCAGAGCCCAGGCCUUCCUUCCGGGUUAGUAGUUCUUGGGGCGACGUGCCAAGAACUGGCUUUUGCCCUUGUUAGGAAUGUCCCAGCGGAGUGACAUGGGCUAAGCAGUGGACUUCUUCCCUCCUGACUCCCCUAAAUGCCCAAAGACUUCAGACAAGGCUCAGGGACAUGCUUGUCUUCCUUCUAGGAACCAAUAGCAGAUGUAAGAAAGGAAUGUCUAAGAGAGAAAUAAAGGUUUCCCCUCUCUCCUGGGAGACUCACCAGGAUGGGUCUGGACACAGAGAUUGACUUCCUCUUUUGGACCCAGAAA